GUCAAAUUUAACGCUUUGUUUUAUUUGAAAAUAUUAAAGUAUGUAAUAUAAAAAGAAGAUUAAAAUAAAUUGCAAAGUUAUAACCCUCCGCUCUAAGUCAUAAAUCACCAGGUAAAUGUUCGCAUAACGCACCGUUUAGUUAAAAUUUGUAUCGAUUACUUCCCUUUGCUUGUGACGUCAGAGGUGUACUUUCGAUACGCCGCCAUAUUGAAACGCUAUAUAUAUCGAACUUUCUCAGAUAACUUAUACUGAAUAAAAAUUAACCAGUAUCAUGGAUUUUUCUGACGACUCUGAGAUUUAUGAUGAAGAGGUCAAUGAAAUAAGACCUUAUAUGUACGAGCCAAGAGCUGUUAGCCAGGAGGAACAAAGUGUGUCCGACUCGGACUCGGAGUUUGAAGACAGCUCCGAUGAUUCAUUUAACGGCAAUGUUGACGAGUGGUGUGAAUGUGGAUGUUGCAUUCACAUGCCUACAGCCCAUGAGAGGAAAUGCUGCCAGUCAACAAACAUAGUUGAUGGAAAGGCAGAAUCAGAAGGUGUGCCCUGUAUCACACUUCAUGAGGGGUUCCAGGUGAACUGUCUCAACAUUCAUGUAUUGGAGACCUCGUAUUAUGAAUUUAUACACAACAAUGGGCCAAGAGAAGAAAACCAAGAAAUUCAUGAGUUAUAUAGAUACCUUGCCUACAGGCGCUUUACAAGAUGGGUGUAUGGAUUACUGCCAAGAAAGUGUAGGCGUGUCAUUCCUGCAUGUGCAGUCAACGCCAUUAGAGAACAGUUUCCCUCAGAGGAGUACAGUGGCUUCCGUUACCCCCAGUAGUUGUCUUUGGAUUCAAAUGUUCUGUAUAUUAUCAUAAAUAAAUUAUUCUUAGUAAUUU